UUUUGGAAACCUCUGUUUCCUGUUUGCACUUGACCGAUAGAAACAUUUCUGGUUGGUUCAACCAAAAGUCAUGAUAAGUAGAGCAGUAGAUUUGAUGACCCGUCUGGGAAGUGUAGUUGUUGUAGUCCAUCAGAGGGCAGCAAACUGCAGGAAGAGGACGAGGCAGGCAGCAGACACACACACAACUCCUGCAUGAGUUCACCUUCACAUUUAUAACUACCCCCCCCUCCCUCCCCAAAAAACAGCUAUUUAGCUUGGCCUUUGGGAUUUCCUUACAUCAUGAACGGGUCAACAAAGUAUACUGCGCCUACGGUGCUGGGUAUACAGUUGAAAAGAGGACCACAAGGUCUGGGGUUUAACAUUGUGGGAGGUCUGGACCAGCAGUAUGUUCUGAAUGACAGUGGGAUCUAUGUGGCCAAAAUCAAACAGAAUGGAGCUGCAGCGUUGGAUGGAAGAUUACAAGAAGGAGACAAGAUAUUGGCGAUAAAUGGUCACAAGCUGGAGAACCUGUCACACAGUGCUGCUGUGGAGCUCUUCAGGUCAGCAGGAGAGGAUGUGCAGCUACGCGUACAGCAGAGGCCCACCAUGGCCAUGAAUGGUCCCCCCAGUUCCAGACCUGACGGCGGCUCGUCUGUCUCCUCCUUGGGAAUACUUGUGGCCGUCCUGGGAGCUGCUGCAGCCGUUACUGUCCUCUUCAUGCGCUUCCAACCACAACUGAGGAGGCAUUUUUAAACCUGUGUAUCUUUCUCCCCCGACGCAUUUUUAAAAGCAAAACCUAGUACUGAACCCCCCUCCCAAAAAGAUAAUAUACAACACCAGUGAAAAGUUUGAACUCACCUACUCAUUCAAGGGUAUUUUUUCUUUAUUUUUACUAUUUUCUAUAUUGUAGAGUAAAUAUUUUAUUUUAUAUUCUUCAAAGUAGUCACCCUUUGCCUUGUCAGCUUUGCACACUCUUGGCAUUCUCUCAACUAGCUUAACCUGGAAUGCUUUUCGAAGGAGUUCCCACAUAUGCUGAGCACUUGUUGGCUGCUUUUCCUUCACAUCCCAAACCAUCUCAAUUGGGUUGAGGUCGGGUGAUUGUGGAGACCAGGUCAUCUGAUGCCGCACCAUCACUCUCCUUCUUGGUCAAAUAGCCCUUACGCAGCCUGGAGGUGUGUUGGGUCAUUGUCCCGAUGAAAAGCAAAUGAUAGUCCCACUAAGCGCAAACCAGAUGGGAUGGCAUAUCGCUGCAGAAUGCUGUGGUAGCCAUGCUGGUUAAGUGUGCCUUGAAUUCUAAAAAAAAAUAGGGUCAUCAGCAAAGCACCAUCACACCACCUCCUCCAUGCUUCACGGUGGGAACCACACAUACGGAGAUCAUCCGUUCACCUUCUCUGCAUCUCACAAAGACACGGUGGUUGGUCUAAUAUCCAUUGCUUGUGUUUCUUGGCCCAAGCAAGUCUCUUCUUCUGAUUGGUGUCCUUUAGUAGUGGUUUCUUUGCAGCAAUUCCACCAUGAAAGCCUGAUUCACGCGGUCUCCUCUGAACAGUUGAUGUUGAGAUGUGUCUGUUACUUGAACUCUGUGAAGCAUUUAUUUGGGAUGUAAUUUCUAAGGCUGGUAGCUCUAAUGAAGUUAUCCUCUGCAGCAGAGGUAACUCUGGGUCUUCCUUUCCUGUGGCGGUCCUCAUGACAGCCAGGUAACUCUAAUGAACUUAUCCUCUGCAGCAGAGGUAACUCUGGGUCUUCCUUUCCUGUGGCGGUCCUCAUGAGAGCCAGGUAACUCUAAUGAACUUAUCCUCUGCAGCAGAGGUAAUUCUGGGUCUUCCUUUCCUGUAGCGGUCCUCAUGACAGCCAGGUAACUCUAAUGAACUUAUCCUCUGCAGCAGAGGUAACUCUGGGUCUUCCUUUCCUGUGGCGGUCCUCAUGAGAGCCAGUUUCAUCAUAGAGCUCGAUGGUUUUUGCGACUGCAUUUGAAACUUUCAACGUUCUUGAAGUUUUCCAGAUUGACUGACAUUCAUGUCUUAAAGUGAUGAUGGACUGUUGUUUCUCUUUGCUUAUUUGAGCUGUUCUUGCCAUAAUGUGGACUUGGUCUUUUACCAAAUAGCCCUAUCUUCUGUGUACCACCGCUACCAUAUCACAACAUAACUGAUUUGCUCAAAUGCAUUAAGAAGGAAAGAAAUUUCACAAAUCAACUUUUAACAAGGCACACCUGUUUUAAUUGAAAAGCAUUCCUCAUGAAUCUGGUUAAGAGAAUGCCAAAGAGUGUGCAAAGCUGUCAUCAAGGCAAAGGGUGACUGGCUUUGAAUAAUAUAAAAUAUAACAUUUAUGUUGAUUUUUAAGUUUAUUAAAAAAAAAAAAUUCAAGAAAUGUUUGGUUACUACAUGAUUCCAUAUGCGUUAUUUCAUAGUUUUGAUGUCUUCACUGUUAUUCUACAAUGUAGAAUAUAGUCAAAAUAAGGAAAAACCCUGGAAUGAGUAGGUGUGUUCAAGCUUUUGACUGGUACUGUAUAUACAUAUAUUUUUUUUGUGAUUACCAAAAUGCUAAACUUGACUUUCUUGCUACAGGUAUAACACCGACUAGAUAAUGAGAACUUUGUAAUUGUACAAAUAAAUUUAAAAAAGAUGUG